UCCAUGCCGCACUCUAACACCCACAUUAACACACUUAAUUUUUUUUAUUAUUUUAGUUACUGCAUUCCUUUUGCCGGCUUUCUCUUUUGGUAUGCAUCCGUUCCUUUCUUCCUUUGGAGGAGAAAAGAACUUUUGAGCCAAAAUCCAUCCUCAUCUUUAUCUACCCAAAGUCAUCAACCAAUUUCUAUUAAAUCUGGAAUUACGGGAAGUGGGGGUAUUCCAAACAGUUUUCCUGCACCUUCCGUUGCCGUUAUUCGAAGAGUUGUGGUUACCGUUGUUGUGUUAGCAAUGGUCUAUUUAGUCUGUUGGACACCUUAUUGGAUAGGAAUGUAUGCCCAAAGACUUUUUCAUUUGAGAAUGACUAAACAGACUGUAAUUGUCAUGUAUUAUGUACAUUUAAUGCCAUAUAUCAGCUGUGCGGCAUACCCGGCAAUUUUCACUUUAUUUAAUCGCCCUAUCCGUUCAGCCCAUUAUCAAUGGAGGCGGUCAAUGCAGAGAAGAAUGAACGGAAGUCAGUUGGUGAGGAGAGUGAGGGAUGCUUUAGUAACUAGAACAGACAGUCAAAGGUCAAUGAACAGAAGGGGCACAACAAAAAUUUCUAGCAGUAUUUUAAGAGAAAGACCGAGUAGUUGUGAAAUGGAAAGACACCAAAGUUGUGUGUUACUGACAAGAAAAGAAUCCCCUUUGGCUGCUGUCAGUUUUUGA